AUGGAACACAUUGUUUUGAAUUGCACCUGUUCAACAAGCAAAGCUAAAGUGAUGGGAAUUGAUGCUUUCGGGGCUCCAGCGUCAGCCACUCCCUUUGGUCAAACACCUGCUCCUGCCAGUAACAUCUUUGGCCAGCCUCAAGCCCAAUCCUCAAAUAUCUUUGGUGGUGCAUCUCAACCUCAACAACAGCCUUCUCCUAAUUCUGGCUUCGGCGGUUUUGGUGCUGCUCCUGCUAACCAAUUCGGUACCUUUGGGGCGGCCAACAAUACAGCCACUACUAGCUCCAACCUCUUUGGUCAGAAACCGGCCGCUCCAACUCCUACAUUCGGCGCUGGUGCCGCGACUGGCUUCGGAUCCAACGUCUUCAACCAAAACGCUGCAUCCCCAUUCGGGGCUGCCGGAUCUUCAGCUCCCUCCAGUGGAACCGUCAACCCUCCCUAUGCGCCCGUAACGUUGGCUGAGAACGAAUCUACGCCGAGCUCGAAAUCUACCUUCAAUUCGAUCGUUGCUAUGGACGCGUACAAAAACUUCAGCUUUGAAGAGCUUCGCUUUCAAGAUUACAUGCAAGGUAGAAAAACUGCAGUCCCCUCCAACACACUCGGAGCAGGAUUCGGCACUCAGCAGCAACCUCAGGCCGGCACGUUUGGCUCGUUUGGCAGCAACAACAACAAUACCAACAGCACACAAGCUGGCGCGUUCGGUCAACAGCAACAACCACAAGCUAACAUAUUUGGUGGCGCGCCUGCGACGAACACGUUUGGAGCUCAACCAGCUGCCAAUCGUAACAUGUUUGGUCAACCGGCCAACAAUAAUCCGAGUCCAUUUGGUCAAGCCCAAGCUCCAGCUACCUCGAACGCCUUUGGGGCAGGUGCAGCACCCGCAACCAAUGCUUUUGGUUCUAACAACUUGUUCAACAAUAACACGACCAAUACUUCUCCCUUUGGCGUGCCAGCUGCCAAGCCAAACAUAUUCGGAUCGACGACUUCCCAGCCCGCCUUUGGUACGCCAGCUGUUUCAGCUGCACCGACGUCCGGCAUCUUUGGGAGUACGCCUGCCCAACCUCAAAAUAACCUAUUUGGGGGUACAAACAAUCAGAAUUCUGGUGGUACUCCUGGAUUGUUCAGCAACGCCAACGCCAACCCCUCCACUCAGCCCUCGGGUGGCCUGUUUGGCGGCAACAAUAACCAAAACAACGCGCAGAAACCAGGCGGUCUUUUUGGAGGUGGCGCUACCACCGGUUCCUCCCCUUUUGGUCAGCAAACUCCACCGACGAACACAACCACUUCUUUCGGAUUCGGACAAAACAAUCAGCAACAACAAACAACAGGAGGUCUAUUUGGAGGUAAUAACCAACAGCCGCCUAACACGGGUGCAGGUCUAUUUGGAAUGAAUAACAAUCAGCAGGGCCAAACCAAUCCAAGUGGUGGGCUCUUUGGGCCCAAUAACGCGAACAACUCGACUCUCAACACUGGUAGUGGAAUUUUCGGCAGCGGCAACAACAAUGCGACCUCCGGUGGAUUGUUCGGUCAGAAACCGGCCAACCCAACUGGUUCUCUGUUUGGCAAGGACGCAGGCACCCAAAACAACAAUAAUAACUUUGGCGGUACCACUGGUGGUUUGUUUGGCUCUGCGACAACGGGUUCGGCGUUUGGAAUCGGAAACAAUCAGAAUCAAAAUAAUAAUGCUGGUGGGAAUCUAUUUGGUCAAAUGAAUAACUCGCAAAUGUUCCAAAGUCAAAACCAGAACGGAUUGUUUCAAAGUCAGCAAACCCAACAGCCUUCUCUUCAGGCACGUGUCGAUCAGGAUGCUUAUGGUAAUAACCCCCUAUUUGCCAAUCAUGGCAUCUCCGCGGGCUCAAAGCCGGCCAUUCCGAUUCGAAAGCAAUUGCCGACCAUUGAUUUCAAGCCACUGCCACGUCCUAACACGAAAAUCACUAAACUGCGUGGGUUUGCUCGGUCCGUAAGUCCCGUCAAGAACGUGAGCUCCGGAAGCCCUAUGAAUGCUAGUUCAGUAUCCAACGGCUCGUCGGUCGUGUCCCGGUCAUCUGCUUAUUCCAGGCAUGAGGAGCCUCUAUUAAGCCCCAAAGCGUUUAUUGUCAAGCCCAGCCCCAAAAAACUCACAAUCGACCCGUCCACAAUUUCAACACUAUUCCGCAACCGAAGUACAACCGUAAAUGGUUCCCCAUCCUCAGUCCAGGGCACACCUCCUCCUGCUAGGAGAAUCAACGCAAACAACCGACCUGAAUCUAUCUUCGACCCUGACGCCGAAUCGUCCGCCCAGAAUGUACUCUCAAGACCCUCACAUGCCAUAAGCCGAAGUGUAGGCCAGCUAAAUGAUCCAGCCCAUGCAGCCAAGCAAACUCCAGCUAUGAAAUCUCCCACCAACUCCAAAACCGCUCCCAACCCUUCUGGCUCCAACCAACUAAUACCAACCGAGAACGAAAUCAACUCGGAUCGCGCGCUCAUGGAGGAUGAAGUGAUCAUCCGUCCGAAGUCUCAGGCUAAAGAAGGAGAAUAUUGGACCAUUCCAGCGAUAGACGAGUUGCGCAUCAUGAAGCGCAAAGACCUCAGAGCAGUCCCCAGCUUUAAAGCUGGUAGGGUUGGCUAUGGACAGAUCGAAUUCCGAGAGACCGUGGACCUCAGUGGGAUUGAAGAUUUCUCAACAGAACUAUGUGGAGAAAUCAUUGUAUUCAAACAAUCCCUGUGCAGUGUUUAUCCUGACGAUCCAGUCGAUAAACCACCAGUUGGUAAAGGACUGAAUGUUCCUGCAGUGAUUACACUCGACAACUGCUGGACGUUAGACAAAUCAACUCGACUGCCGAUCAAAGAUCCUAACCACGCCCGUGUCAAGUUGUUUACUAAGAGAUUGAUGAAGAGUGAAGACAUUGAGUUUAUCGAAUAUGAUGCGCAAACUGGCAAGUGGACGUUUGCUGUCGAACAUUUUACAACCUACGGGAUUGACGAGAGCGAUGACGAAAGCAAUGGCGAAGACGAUGAAGAUGAAGAACAAGACGGUGAAUCAUACACUGGCUCCGAGUCCGAAGACAAUCUUUCGGGAUCAGAUUAUCGUCCAAAUCGACGAGUUCGCCAACCUCAUGCGAUUGCAUCUACCACUAAUAGCAUGUCUGAUGAGAACGAGGAUGAUGGACCUCCUCGAGCUUUGUUAUUUGAUGACGAGCAGGCAGGUAUGCCACUAGACAAAGAAAAUAUUGCAACAACUGGAGGUCGAAUAAUUGACAGGUCUGAGGACGAAACCACUGCAUCCGUUACCGGGAGUGACGAGCUUGAAGGCCCAUUCAACGUGAAGCAAGUGAGCAAAAAGCGCCCGAGGCAGGUUGUCGAUUCUGAAAACUCGCUAGAUAAUGACAAAUCCAAGCAAACAUCAACCUCAGAUUGGAGAAACCACAUUGGACUCGAGUCUCGGAAAGUUGCAGUAAUGCAAGCUAGCUUGUUCGCCCGUCCAGAUUCAUCGCGCUCUCAGGUCAAGCUCACUCCCAAGGUGCCUUCGAAGACUCAAGCUGUACAUCCUGAAGACCCCCGACGAGCACGCAACGUUUCGCGCCAAACUCCAUUGCAGACUCCAGAGCCGCGUCAGAUAACCAAUACGCACGCCGGCAACAACCCGACUCCCUCGCCUCACCUGACAGUCAAGAAGCACACCAAUGUACCCGUCAGAUUCAGAUAUCCGCAGUAUAUCCCCUUGUCGAAAUCUUUAGCUUCCGGGAAAUUUAUCUCAAAUAAAAGCCCAAGCUUGAGCAUGGCCAGAUCCUUUCGAGUUUCUUGGAUAGGGCAAUCUAACCAACUUAUCCAUCCUGCCCGUGGUGAAAUUGGAAAUAUGUUGGACACAAGUAAUCUCCAAAACACUUCAUUCGGUCAUCUCGCCGUUUCCAAUAUUCCCAGUUAUGCCUUCGAGAAUUCAAUGGAAAUCAGAUCUGCCGAACGUUUGCUGGAAAUCCAGCUCAAACAUACCGCCGUUCGCUUGGAGGAGGGUGUACCGACUGUGAUGACCAAUCCAAACUUGAGAUCUCGAGAUUUUCUAGCCAGCUAUGACAAAGCAGACCGAUCAAAUGAUGCCAUAACCUGGGGUCUCUGCUCGGCUCUAUUCGAUGAGUUAGAGUUGCGAAUUCCGAAGGGCGCAACUCCAGAAGCUGUGGAUCGAAUCAAGCGCAUUAGACGUGAAGACGCCUUCACGAAGUGGCUUGAGAAAACCGUCGCCCCGUCAGUUGAACAGGACGUAAGAUCGCCAAGCCGUCAACAGGGCAAAUUCAGCGCGAUCUUUCAGCUGUUGACUGGCAAUCAGAUUGAGCGAGCUUGUGAAUUGGCCAUCCAAAUGGGCAACUAUCGCUUGGCAACAUUAAUUGCACAAUGCAGAAGGAGUGAUCGGACCUUCAAGUCGGACGUGCAUCAACAAAAUCUGAUCUGGCGGCAGCUCCGAGUGGAUGCUCACAUGGAUCGAGAUUUGAGGAAGACGUACGAGCUGAUUUCUGGAAACGUGACGGUAUCUAAAGGCUGCGGAAAGAAAGGCCUGCAGGUUGAUUACAGUGAAGAUAUUGGGAUCAGCGAAGGAUUGGACUGGAAGCGAGCAUUGGGUCUCCAUUUCUGGUUCCUAGCCUCAGACGAGAACUUUUGGCAGUCUAUCAAGACAUAUGAAGAUGCGUUCAAGAAUGGUCGAUGUGCACCACCUCCGAUCCCGUGGUACAUGGAUUCAUCAACUCCUAACGCAUCCGAGUCUGUACUCAAUCGAUGGAAGCUCGAUCCAGCCCAACCAAUAUACGAUGCAAUCUUUCAAAUCAUCAAGGUCUUUGUUGAUCCCACAUACCCGCUCGAAUCGGUUUUAGAGCCAAGAGGAUUUGGCCCAUCUCCAUUUGAUUACCGAAUGCCUUGGCAUCUUUAUAUUCUCAUCGCCAAGGUGAUGAGAUUGAGAGACUUUGAAGAUCGAGAACCGAUUAUGAGAGAUAUCGAAACCGAUUCAGAUGAUGCUAGCCUCUUGGAAAGCGGGAGUGUUUGGGCUGAUCUCCUGACGAGUCAAUACGCGGACCAACUGAAUAAAUUAGGGAUGAUGAAAUGGGCUGGAUUUAUCUUGUUACACUUGGAAGAUCCAGAAGGUCGAGCACGAGCCCUGAAGGAAUUAAUUUCUAGGAAUAUCAAAGCAGUGACGGGUGAUGUGGAAGAAUUUUUUGUGGAAACUUUAAAGAUUCCAUCUACUUGGAUCUAUCUUGCUAGAGCUCAAGUAGCACACUAUGAAGGUCGCUUCUUUGAAGAGUACCAGUUAUUGUUGAAAUCUUCAAAAAUCUUUGAAGCUCAUAAGAUCGUUGUCUUGGAAUUGGCCCCAGAUGCGAUCUUGAGGGCAGAUUUGAAGCUGAUCAGGAAGUUAUUCUGUGGGAAGUCCAAUAAUAUUCCAAGCUCUGAUUUGACGGGUGGAGCCAAGGUCUUUAUGGAUUUUGUCAAGGUGGUCGAAGGAUUACAAUUCUUGAAUGCAUCGAAUGGAGGAACGGCAGCUCGGACUGCAAGGGGGAAGAGAAGCCUGGAAAACCAAGUCGACUCGACUCAAAACCGGGAGGAGAUCGAAGAGAUGCUGGAGACUAAGGUCUCCAACUUGAUCAAAGAAAUCCCACUGAUCUUCAAUGAGUUUUCGAAUCACAGCGGGUUGACGGUCAAACAACAGGUUUGCAUCAAUGAGAUGAUGUCGAGUUUGGUUAAUCUGAUUGAAUCCAAUCCACGCUCACUGAGGAUGAAUCAAUCAGAGCCAAUCCGAGACGAUCAUCAUCGGACGAGCAAUCCUGCCCCGAAACCAUCCCACUACCUCAACAGUAAUAAUACCAAUCUGAUCAACAUCAAAGAUCUCAAAAUCUCGGAUCAGGUGCUCUUCAUCCAAAACUUUUCGCAUAAAAACUUGCUCAAAAGUUUGCAAACCUUUCCCCCGCUCCGUCCUCCACCUACUGCCACUACUACUAUUACUUCUACUGCUUCCUCCGCUAUCCCCGUCUAGAGAAAAUGACAAAACAAUACGAUAUCCUCCUCUAUUCUUUUUCAUUUUUUUCCCCUUUUACUUUGUAUUGACUACAUUUUCUACAUACAUUUUGAGUGUUUUUGGUUUUGGUUUUGUUUGUUUUUGAGACUGAUCUUGGUGAGGAUGAAAUGAAGUGAUGGUUGUGUU